UAAACAAAUAACUCCAGAAUCUGGAAAAUCGAAGUGACAGAAUAUGGUGUAGUUUUUCUUCUCCGAUCUAAUGAAAGACGAGCCUUUAGUUUUUAAAUCAUUUUUGUUCGUUCGUUUGUUUGUUUAAAUAAUACAACUCUUUCUUUGUGUCGCGAAGGAGGUCGAUACAGAACUGGAACUGCUAGAAACAAAGCCACAAAGACAAACAACCAAUUCUAGAAUCUGAAAAUCGAAGUGCUAGAGGAAUGUGUAGGUUUUGUUGUUUUUUUUCUCUCUCGAUCUAAUCAAUGACUAGAGCUUAUUCUUUAAACCAUCGUCAUUAUUAUUAUUAUUAGCUUACAUACAACCCUCUCAGUCACGAAGGAGGUCGAUACAUUGCUGGAAUUACCAGUAAAACAAUAAGACCUUCCAAGACAAACAACCGAUUCCUGUAUCUGAAAAUCGAAAGUGACAAAUGAUUGCGUAGUUUUUUCGAUUUAAUCACGAAUGAAUCUUUAAUAAAUUUUUAUUAUCGUGUAACUUUAAAUACAGCUCCUUUUGUGUUAGGAAGGAGUUCGCUACGAUACAGAGCUGGAACAACCAGUAAAAACAAUUGAGCCGUCCAAGACAAACAACCGACUCCAGUGCCUGGGAACCGAUUUCGGUAACUGGCGAUGACGUCAUAUCCGCUAGUGUGCCCAUUCAUGAAAUUAGCCAUGAAUUACUUCCUGUUUGUAAGCAGCAUGUGUGUGUGUACAACUAACUUAGAUGUUCAUGGACCUUCGUCGCUGUCGGCUUGACUCCACGCCAAAAUCACCGCCGACUCUCUUGAUAGUACCAACUCUUUACCAAUUCCAUUCUGCUUGUUUAUUUCGAACGAAAUGUCUGCAGGUAUUUCCAAAUGGACUCAUCGUACCGGUAGGUGUAUCCUAGGUGUGAAGCUAGUCCAGGGUUCUCCUACGAACCUUUGUUUGGGUGUGGUUUCCUUGCCAGAGUUUAUGCUGGCUGGACACUCAGUGAAUAAUUUACGGACACAAUUGAGCCGACAGCUACAGAAAUAUUUGCCUUCCAAUUUUACUUUCCGCACCAGAAAAGGAUGGCCAGUAUUAAUUGAACAAGAAAAAGAUGUUCCCAUCGAAGAAAUCAUUUCAGAAGAUGCUUGUGUUUAUAUUGAAAGAUAUUUUGGGAUGCCCAGAAUUGGUAUAAUGACCCAGAAAGGUGAGGGAUUAGGUUACCUUUUGGCAGAAUACACUUUACCCUUAUUAAAACUCCGAGAUUUGCUAAUUGAACAGAGAAUAGUAAACAAUGUUUUACCAUUCCUUUUCUUGACUUCAAAUGGUUGGCCAGUCAGUUUUAUACAAGAACAGUUUCUGCAAGUGAUGGAUGUCCUCAACAACUCCUCAAUCUGUAUUAUGGACGACCCACCAACCAACUGUGCACUCUUAGAUAGCAUCAUGGACAAUUUACCCUCGCGCAAACGGAAACAUUCCAAAUCUGCUGAUAACAAUUGCGAAGAGAUUUCUGCCAAGUCUAUGAAUACCGUCACAACUGGGAAUGCCAAGCAAAUUCUUAUCAGUUAUGUCCGUGCUGAGGCUGCCCAAGUCGCUAUCAGCCUCAAACAAGAACUCACUGCACUCAACAUUAGCGUAUUUUUGGAUGUGGAUGAAAUCAAGACUGGUGCUGAUUGGCAGGAUUCCUUAAACCAUGCAGUGAGCAACUGUGAAAUAUUUAUACCCCUCAUCACCCAACGUUAUGGUCUGACACGCUGGAGCAACCGAGAGGUGAAACUUGCUGAUAUUUUAGGAAAAUUUAUGCUUCCUAUCAAUUUUUUAUCUGAGUGGCCGCCAAGCUGUUUGGCAAUUCAGUUGGCAACAACUCAGUAUAUUAAUGGAACUCGACAAUCAGCAUGUUCAGCUCUUUCACAUGAGGCUUUCCCAACUAUUUACCCAAAUCAAGACGGGAUCAUUGUUAAUACGAAAAUGAUAGCAAAAGAGAUUGCAGAACGUCUCACCACACUAAAACGGAACUCACUUACAAGGAGGCCUACUUUGCAUCGAAGGGAGACAAAGAUCUAUAAUUGUGCCUUAGAACUACCGAUCUGUCAGGUGGGCUUAACUGAAGCUGAAGAAACCCACCAGAAGUUAAUAGUAAUCACUCUACACCAAGAACAGUCGGAGUUUGGACGCACUCUGCAGAAUUGGCUGGAGAAAGAAGGUUUAGAAGUAUGGCUUAGCACUGAACUUGACUCCAGUAGAUGCUGCCAACAAAACGGUUCCACUCCGAUCGAAGAUCUCCGCAAGUUCCAAGAAAAGGCAGAUGAAGCUGCUGCCAUCAUAUUUGUCCUGUCUGAUUCUUACGCUACAAGCAGGACGUGUAUGCAACAAGCAUUCUACUGUGAAAAUCGUAAAUGGAUGCUUGCCCUGAAAUAUGAGAACUUUGAAAUGCCUUCCUGGAUGUGUAUGCUUAUUGGGAUGUUACCUUUCAGGGAUGUUUGGCAGUCGGAUUUCAAAGAACAGAUGAUGAAGUGGAUACAUAAAAUUCUUAAUCCUCAGACAAGAGUUUCCGUUGAUCCGGAAGGAGUCUGCGAAGCCAAAAUCAAAAGUAUUAUUCGAGAACUGAAAACGUCUUUUAUGUUGGAAAGAUGUAUUUAUAUUCUUGGCAAGACUGAAUUGACUGAAUUUGACAGAAAUAUUUGUAUGGCAAUUGGUAAAGGUCUUGCUUCAGUUCCAAACAUCCAUCUUGUUUCUUCUGGCUGCUAUGGUGCUAGUCAAGUCAUCUGCCAAAGCUACCUUGAUUCUUUGUCAGACAUUCCUGGUCCAAAAGCUCAUGAUCCUGUCUUACAUAUUCUUCCAAAGACUGACAAAGAGAACCAAAAUCAUCGUAUGAAACAGAAUCCUGACGGUACCUUCCCUCCUCUAGAAUUUGGCAAAACAUUUUUUUAUGGUGACAAUACCUGGCAGCGUGAUACCAUGAUGUCGCAUGCUUUUGAACUUUGUAUCCUCUUUGAAGGUAGCAGCGAUGUCUCCUACAUAACCCAGCAGUUUGUAUGGAACGAACACAUUGUUAUUCCAGUGAACUGCUAUAGAAAUAAAGAAAUGUUGCUGGAGAAAAUAUUUGAGUGUCCUAGUGGUGUCUUAGAAUCUGACUGGUAUUACGUGACCGAAGACUGCAGCAACUAUUCACUAGUCGGUGAGCGAUUGGCCAAGGUAGUUGACCAUCUCAUGAAUCCGUCUGUCGAAUGUGGUACGCCUCCAUUGCGAGGUGCCAUGGCAAAACAUCUGUCGAUGGUGGCAGACAUAAAACCAUUCAGCAAAAGCCGCACCUCGUUAAACCAGUUACAGUCAGAUGAACUCAGUAUGAUUCGAGCUGAUACAAUGGUCCUAACGAACAGUGGCAUGUUAUGAAUGAUUCCUUUGUCUGUCUCCGUCUGUCUGUUUGUCUUUGUCUGUCUGGGUGGAUGUAUGGGGUGAAGGAGGGAUGGGGGGGGGACAUAUUUUUGUCCUUUUUUUUUUAUACUAUUUACUUUCCAUGAGUGUGUGAGAGCAGGAAUGAGGGGAAUAGAGAGAAGCUUCAUUCAUUUUCUAUUUAUCAUUAUAGAAAGCUGUUCCAUAUAUAUAUAUAUAUGUAUUUAUUUAUUCACACACACACACACAUAAUACAUAUCCACAUACAUAUGUACAUACAUACAUACAUACAUUCAUUCAUUCAUUCAUUCAUACAUUCAUACAUACAUACAUUCAUACAUUCAUACAUUCAUACAUACAUACAUACAUACAUACAUACAUACAUACAUACAUACAUACAUACAUACAUGUAUGUAUGUAUACACAUGUGCAUGCAUAAAUACAGACACAUACACGCAUGUGUAACAGGGAUGGCCAAGUGGUUACAAAAGAUUGUUUUGGAAUGACAAGGCACUGCAGGAUCCAAUCCUCUGGCACCUUAUGUUCCCUCUGGGGCAAGUAUCUUUUAGCAUGGCCUCUGAUCACCCCAAGCCUGGUGUGUGAACAGUGUGCAAUUCUGUCACGUGGAUUGUAUCAAAAUUUUAAAAGACCACCCUUGUCACACACCAAGUCCACAUACCUUAUCAUGUUGAUUCUGACACACACAUGUCUUUGGAGUACUCAGCCACUAACACUUUUUUUGCUGAUAAUUGAUGUCAGAACAGAGAAGUUAGCUAUCAUCAUUUUCUCCAAAGAUUUCCUAUAGAAGACGUCCUGACCAUGAAAUAUAGAAAUACCAGGUUAGAGUGCUAACUUUUAGCUUAAACAAAGUAAUGCUUUGUUUUAUUUAAGCCAAAACAAGGCAUUAGUUUGGCUUUAAAAAAAAAUUUAAGCAUUUCUAUAUAUCAGCCAUUGCUUCAUGAAAACUAUAUAUAUUCCAUUUUUGGAUUUGGUUUGCAAGAUUCUUUAUGUGAGUGUGUGUCUUGAAGCAUAUUCUGUUGUGUCUGGGGAGAGUCAUUCUCUUUUGGUGCCUUAUUAUUUAACACACUCACUGGUAAAAUUUUCACUUAUUUCUUUUUUUAUUUUUCUUAAAUUUUCGUUGCGUCUUUCAACCUUUUCAAGAGAGUCAAAACUAUUGAAAAGGUAGCAAAAUGCAACGAAAAUUUUAGAAAAAUAA